ACAAAAGAGAAGCCUUAUAAAUGUUUGGAAUGUGGAAAAUGUUUUAGAACAAACAGGCAACUUACAAUUCAUGGAAGGAUCCACACAGGGGAGAAACCAUAUAAUGCAUAGAGUGUGGAAAGACCCUUUGCUCAUAACAAUACACUUAAUAUCCAUAAAAGGAUCCACACAGGGGAGAAACCAUAUAAAUGCAUAGAGUGUGGAAAGACUUUUGCUCAUAGCAGUACACUUACUUCCCAUAAGAUGAUCCACACAGGGGAGAAACCCUAUAAAUGCAUGGAGUGUGGAAAAACUUUUACUCAAAGAGUUACUCUUAUUUCUCAUAAGAUGAUCCACACAGGGAGAAGCCGUAUAAAUGCAUGGAAUGUGGAAAGACGUUUAAUCAUAACAGUGAACUUAGAAGCCACAAAAAGAUCCACUCAGGAGAGAAACCAUAUAAAUGCAUGGAAUGUGGAAAGACCUUGUUCGAAGGAGUAAUCUUAUUUCUCAUGAGAUGAUCCACACAGGGGAGAAGCCCUAUAAAUGCAUGGAAUGUGGAAAGACCUUUGCUCAAAGAGGUACUCUUACUUCCCAUGAAAGAAUCCACACAGGGGAGAAGCCAUAUAAAUGCAUGGAGUGUGGAAAGACCUUUGCUCAAAGAGGGUAAUCUUAUUUCCCACAAGAUGAUCCACUCAGGAGAGAAGCCAUAUAAAUGCAUGGAGUGUGGAAAGAGCUUUGCUAAAAGCAGUACACUUACUUCCCAUAAGAUGAUCCACACAGGGGAGAAGCCAUAUAAAUGCAUGGAAUGUGGAAAGACCUUUGCUCAAAGCAGUACACUUACUUCCCAUGAGAUGAUCCACACAGGGGAGAAGCCGUAUAAAUGCAUGGAGUGUGGAAAGACGUUUACUCAUGGUAGUGGACUUCGAAGCCAUAAAAAGCUCCACUCAGGAGAGAAGUCAUUUAAAUGUACGGAAUGUGGAAAGUCCUUUGUUCAUAAAUGUACUCUUAUUUCCCAUAAAAGAAGCCACAUGGGGAGGAGCCAUAUAAAUGCAUGGAGCGUGGAAAGACCUUUGCUCAAAGAGGUAAUCUUAUUUCCCACAAGAUGAUCCACACAGGAGAGAAGCC